AUGCUGGUUUGGAUUUCUCUCCUGCUGAUAGCUACUUCUGGAAUUGGCACCUCUGAUGCCAAGUCUCAAAGGUGUUCGGAGUGCGAAGUAGCUGUAAAUCUACUCCAUCAUGAAUGGGGAGAGAACUCUACCGAGGAUUGCACAAUUGAAACUGCCAUAUUCAUAUGCGAAGAAUUCAAGAUCGAAGAUAGCUUUGUUUGCGACCACAUUGUUGGAGAGUUUGCGGAUGAGUUCGUCUAUGUGGUAGGUCAGGUCGUAGUGGAACCUCAUCAAAUCUGUGGACUGAUUAUGGCUGAUUGUGGGACUUUCAUAGACCCUCUGAGAGUUGAUUGGAAUAUUACUAUACCUGGUAACCAACCUACUCCUAUUGUGAAAAAUCCGAUCCAGCCUGGAAACCCUGUCCUUAAGAUCCUUCAUUUGACUGAUAUUCACUUGGAUACUCAAUAUGUGAUUGGUCAAGAAGCUGACUGUAACGAACCUUUAUGCUGUCGAUAUCCCGACAACCCUCAAGAAGUGUCGCUCGCUGUGAAUAUCACAAACCCAGCCGGUCCUUGGGGCACAAUUGCUAGUUGCGAUUUGCCAUAUUGGACUUUCCAGAGCAUGCUCAAGUUCAUCCGACAAAAGCAUACAGAUAUUGACUAUAUAGUUGUAUCUGGUGAUCUUGUGUCUCACGCUGUCUACGAAUAUACUCAAGAUUCACACAUGGCAAUGGUGAAGAACAUUUCAGAUACAAUCAAACAACAAUUGCCUGACAUUCCCACUUAUUUCGCUGUUGGAAAUCAUGAAGGCGUUCCGAUAGAUAAUUUCGCUCCUCAUUAUACACCAAAGAAAUUCCAUAUGGACUGGUUAUACGAUACUAUGGCAGAGUCUUGGAACUGGAUACCUAGUGAUCAAAUGAAAGUUAUGAAAUAUAUGGGGUGCUAUAUGGUCAAGUUAUUCCCCGGCUUACGUCUACUAUCUCUGAACAAUCCAUUAGGUGGAGAUGCCGUAAACUUUUGGUUGACCAUUAAUGACACUGAUCCAGAUGGUACAAUGGCAUGGGUGAUAGAGCAGUUGCUUGACGCAGAAAAUGCUGGUGAUAAGGUUCAUGUUGUCUCACAUAUACCUGGAGGAGAUAGUGAAGCUAGAGAGGGAUACGCUUUAAAUUAUUAUAAAGUUACAAAUAGGUUCCAAAACACUAUCAGUGCACAGUUCUUUGGUCAUACUCACCAUGAUGCUUUCUAUAUGGUUUAUGAGGAUCCUAAUGAUGCCACAUCCCGACCUACUGGUGUUGUAUAUGCUGCUCCGUCCGUGACAACAUUCUCCGAGUACAACCCAGCUUAUAGGAUCUAUACUGUAGAUGGAAAACAUGAUAAAUCAACUUUCGAAGUAAUUGAUUAUGAGGAAUGGUUUUUGAACAUGACAACUGCCAACUUAGAUCCUAAUAAUGAGCCUGUUUGGGAGCAGUUAUUCGCCAGUAUCAAUCAAGAAUACGGUCUUCUCGGUCAAACUCCUACUGAAUACAACAAGAUGCUUAAUCGUAUGAAGACAGAUGACAAUCUUUUCAAGAAAUACAGAGAGAAUCGUUACCGCCGUAAUGAGUUUGAUGGUAUAACUCCAUGUGACACCAAAUGCAAAAACCACAUGCUUUGUGAGUCUCGCCAGUUUCAUCACGAUGAGAAUCUUUGUGCUGAUCUUAAAGUUACCUCUUAUACUCCUCCUGCACCAAAGUACAGGAAAAAAGUGAAUCGUAGUCAUUUCGCAGAAAGACCGAAGAGGUCUGACGGAAAAUGCUUAAUUUAG